AUGCUACAAAAUCUCCUACACAGCGCCAGCGGCACAAUAACCCCCCAAUCCUCCCACCACUCCCCCGAACCAGACGCCGACACCAUGAAUAUCUCUCACACCGCACCUGCACUUGCCACAAGCCGAACACCUCCCCGCAAACGCAUGGUCGUGGCCAUAACCGGCGCAACCGGCGCCCUCCUCGGCAUAAAAACCCUCCUCGCCCUGCGCACACUCAACAUCGAAACCCACCUCAUAAUGAGCAAAUGGGCCGAAGCAACCAUAAAAUACGAAACAGACUACCACCCCUCUAACGUCAAAGCCCUCGCUGACUACACCCACAACAUAUCCGACAUGGCGGCGCCCGUAUCGAGCGGAUCCUUCAAAACAGACGGGAUGAUCGUCGUCCCCUGUAGUAUGAAGACGCUGGCUGCUAUCCACGCAGGGUUCUGCGAUGACCUCAUCUCCCGCACGGCGGAUGUUAUGCUCAAGGAACGCAGGCGGCUUGUUCUUGUUGUAAGGGAGACGCCGCUCAGCGAUGUGCAUUUAAGAAACAUGUUAGAGGUUACGAGGGCCGGGGCUAUUAUUGCACCGCCUGUUCCUGCAUUUUAUAUAAAGCCGGGUAGCGUGGACGAGUUGAUUGACCAGAGUGUUGGGAGGGUGUUGGAUCUGUUUGGGCUUGACACCGAGAGGUUUGAGAGGUGGGAGGGGUGGAAGAAGGGGUAG